AUGAAGACUGCCUCGCUGGAGGGGAAGGAGCCUGAGCUGGAGGUGAGGAAGAGGGGGAAGCAGUUCUUCACCAACACUCUUUACAGUGCAGGGGAAGAGCUAUUGUCCUCGAAUGGGGAUGUUCUCGGAUGGUGGAAGGAAAACUUUGAGGAUCUCCUCAAUCCCACCGUCACAUUUUCCGAGGAGGAAGUCGAGGCUGGGGACUUGGAGGUGGACUCGUCCAUCACCCUGGCUGAAGUCACUGAGGUGGUUAAAGUUCCUCAGUGGCUCCGGGGGAUUCUGGACGUGGUGUUUCCAGGCGCUCAGAGAAACAGGAACCUGAGUGUCCUGGAGAUUUACACUGGUUGCUAUGGUAACUAUGGCACAGAUAUAACAAGGAGCUCAGAACUGGGAUACUCGAAUUUACUGUCCGGGUCGACAGAUGAGGCGUCCGGGUCGACAGAUGAGGCGUCCGGGUCGACAGAUGAGGCGUCCGGGUCGACAGAUGAGGAGUUCGGGUGGACAGAUGAGGCGUCCAAGCAGAACUGCUCGUACUACUCCAUCAUGAAGCAUCUUCAGCUCAGCCAGAACUCGGACAUGUUCUCUCUGAUCCGCCCCGUGUGGAACCACACCAAACCCACAGACGUGCUGCUGGACAUCAUCGUCUACGCCAUCCUGGACGUGAGAGAGAUCGACCAGACCAUGGUCUCCUACGUGUGGACCUCAAUGGAGUGGAAAAAUGACUUCAUCAGGUGGGACAUUAAUGACUCCUGUCAGAUGUUCAAGAUCUCCAUUCCCGUCGGAAAACUGUGGACACCUGAUAUCACCAUAGUGGAAAUGACUGAGAGGGACAAGUCCACCCCGAGUCCAUUUAUCUCGAUCAAAUUUAAUGGCGAUGUGCUCUACAAGAACGACCAGGUGAUCAUCAGCACCUGCCGGCUGCACAUCUACAAGUUUCCCUUCGACACCCAAAGGUGCAACCUGUCGUACAGAUCGGUGCUGCUGGAUGAUGAAGAGCUCAGUCUUCGGUCAUAUAACUCGGAGAUGGUGACACAGUGGUCUCUGGACGUCAUGAGGACUCAGUACGAGUGGAUCUUCAAGAACGUCACCGUCACCAAGUCCAAAGUGGACCCUUUCGGCUACAAUCAGGACAUCGUCACCUACACCAUCCUGAUGGAGCGUCGUUCCAUCCUCUACAUCGCGAACUUCAUCCUCCCGGUUCUGUUCUUCUUGGUGUUGGACUUUGCUUCGUUCCUGAUCUCGGACUCUGGAGGAGAGAAGUUGGGUUUUAAGGUCACUGUGCUCCUCGCCGUGACGGUGAUGCAGCUUCUGCUCAACGAGAUUUUACCUUCGUCGUCCAAUCGGAUUCCUCUGAUCGCCGUCUUCUGUAUCGGGAUCUUCUCUCUGAUGCUCCUCAGCCUCCUGGAGUCCAUCCUGGUCCUGUAUCUGAUCAACCGAGACCAGAGACCGGAUCAGGACCAGAGCGCCCCCUACAGGCCGCUCCAAGAUGUGCUCCGUUUGACUCGAGGUUUGGUUCCUCUGGAGUUCGCCACAGAAAAGGUGAGUCUGUCUAAAGCUCCAAACACUCUGUUCCACCCUGGGGAGGUUUCAGAGCAGGUUCUGAGUUCUCUGCUGAAUCAUCUCCAGCAGAACCAAACCCAGGAGGAGGCUGAGGGCUACUGGACCAGGAAGUCCAGGACCAUCCACAGAGUGUUCUUCAUCUUCUACCUGACCUCCGCCCUGAGCUUCCUGGGGGGGAUCUUCUACGUGUGGACCAGCCCCACUGCCACUGAAACAUGA